AUGCCUGGUUUCAAAUUUGACAAUCAGAGACUGGAUAACAAGCUUGUUGCGGCCGUCGCUGGUGCCCUUGAUGAAGCCAAUGUUCCCAACCUCCUAUGGGGGAAUUAUCUGCUCGCGGUUUUCGGAGUCCCUGCCAUUGUUGAUGGCUUCGCUUUUGUUGUGCCAGACAACGUCUUGUCAACGGCCUACUCCACUCUCCUCUCUACUGGCUUUCGACAGUGUACACAGGGCUUGAAUUGUACCAAAUCCGACCCGUCCUUGCCUUCUCCGCCUCCAGCAGUACACGUACAUAUUGAUGACAACCUUACGAUAUCGUUAUACCAAAAGUCUCAAGUGCUCUGGAUGUUUCCCGAUUUUGGACUUGAAUUCCCUGACCCCCAAAAUCCCAACAUUAUGCUUGCGUCGGACUCUAGACUUCCGUCUGCGUCUCUCGGGCGUGGUCAGGGUGCUUUUCCGUCGCACCUUCAUCCUGUCCGGAUCCCCACAGCUCCACGCUACACUGAGGCUAUCAUCACUCUCCUUUGUCGGGAUCUAGCUAGCCGCCACGAGAUGUACUGGAUGUCGCUACUGACAUAUAUAAUUGAAUAUGUUGAUGGAACAGAAGCCAUGAAGGAAGAAGACCUGGCGGUGUGCUAUAGAUCCUUUUUCCGUGCACUGAAGAUUGGGGAUAGCCAAGUAUUCUCCAUCCUGGAUGGGCUGCGCAAUGACCUAAUCAACAGAAAGCUUUUACAUGCCCACUGA